GUUAGCUUUAGACCCGCCCUACCCCCGCCCGGGGGGCGGGCCGGGCUCCGCUCUCCGUGUAGCUCCCAGGCCGCAGAGGGCCUUGCGCAGCGAGACCAGGCGGCGUCCCGCGCGGUCUUCGGGUGCAGGGCCGCGGGCGGGCCAAGCCGGAUACCCCAGUCCUUGGCAGUCCCCCGAGGCUCACAGAGUGCUUCUGCGGAGCCUCGCCGCACGCAGGCAGGGUGGCCACUGCCGUGGGUGUGGAGGUGCCUGACAAGAUGAAGAGUCGAAUCCCAGUGGUGCUCCUGGCCUGUGGCUCCUUCAAUCCCAUCACCAACAUGCACCUGCGCUUGUUUGAGGUGGCCAGAGACCACCUACACCAAACAGGAAUGUACAAGGUGAUCGGGGGCAUCAUCUCUCCUGUCAACGACAACUACAGAAAGAAAGACCUCGUGGCUGCCCACCACCGGGUGGCCAUGGCCCGGCUGGCCCUGCAGACGUCCGACUGGAUCCGGGUGGACCCCUGGGAGAGUGAGCAGGCGCAGUGGAUGGAGACGGUGAAGGUGCUGAGGCAUCAUCACAGUGAACUGCUCAGAUCUCUGCCCCAGACGGAAGGCCCGGACCAUGGCAGGGCUCACUCCUUGGCCCCGACAGCUGUGCCUGAGCUGAAACUCCUCUGCGGGGCAGAUAUCCUGAAGACCUUCCAGACCCCCAACCUCUGGAAAGAGGCACACAUCCAGGAAAUAGUGGAGAAGUUUGGCAUGGUGUGUGUGAGCCGGACAGGUCACAACCCAAAGGAAUACAUCUCAGGUUCAGCCAUCCUGCAGAGGUACCAGCACAACAUUCACCUGGUCAGGGAGCCCGUGCAGAACGAGCUCAGCUCCACGUACAUCAGGCGGGCCUUGAGCCAAGGGCAGAGCGUCAAGUACCUGCUCCCAGACGCUGUCAUCACCUACAUCAAGGAGCACAACCUCUACACCGGGGACAGUUCCUAGAAAGACAGCACCCAGAGGAAUGAAGGACAAGCUGGGGAGGGCCAACCACGCCUCCACGAAGCUCCUCCCGAGGAGAGGGCAGUCAAGGUCCUCGGCUGUGUUCGUUGUGGUGGUUGUUUUGCUUUUCCAUUUUCCUUUGUUUUAUGUAGACAACGAUUUUCUUUCCAAGGGGUCUUCUGUCCCAGGAAGAGGAACAGGCGUCUACACAAGAACGGACGGACGUUUAUCAAAGAAGUUAAAAGGGUGAGGCAGGUCAGGAGAACUAGACAAAAGCUCUCAAAACCUCUCGCUGCGGAGGCCUUCUUAUUUGGUUAAGUGGUGACUCUGCCGUGCACACGGAUGAAGGCAGUUCUGCAUGAGGCACGAGCCCCUGAGGGUCGGAUCAGAAUUGCCCACAUGCGUUUUUUAACUAGGACCAGGUGCAGCAUGCUGGUCUUGAUUGGAGAGACUUGACAGGAUGCUAAUUACCAAACAGUGGGCUUUGUCGACGCCUUGUUGCAACAAAACAAUACUAAUUGAGGAGUCAAACAUUUGGAAGCAGCACUUUGCUGAUUCACUUUGAAUCUUCCCUUAAGAGCCACCAGGCUGCCUGCCUAGGCUGUAGAUAAAAUUUAAACUAAAAUCUUUCUAAGUAGUAACCCUCAAACAAUAUUUUUGAUACAGUGGAUAUUUUUAACACGACUUUUUAAAUCAAUGCCAGGGCCUCUGAUUUCCAAGUUUCUAAAAAGGAAUGGGGGUGGGGCACCUGGGUGGCUCAGUAGGUUAAGCGUCCGUCUUCAACUCAGGUCACGAUCUCGUGGUCUGUGAGUUCGAGCCCCGCGUCGGGCUCUGGGCUGAGGGCUCAGAGCCUGGAGCUUGCUUCGGAUUCUGUGUCUCCCUCUCUCUGACCCUCCCCCGUUCAUGCUCUGUCUCUCUCUGUCUCAAAAAUAAAUAAACGUUAAAAAAAAUUUUUUUAAAGGAAUGGAGGUAAAACAGAUGCCUUGACUAUUUUAAAGGCUCUUUUUGAAUGUUUUAUGACUACCUGCCUGUUUGAAUAUUGGCAAAGGGAUAAAUAAUAAAUUGACAUCAAAAAAUA